AUCAGUUUCAAGUGUCUUCUUUAUAAUUGUUUGUCUUCAUAAAUGUCACAGCGAAUGAUCUUUGAAGGGAGGGAACUCAUAUCCCCUGAGGCGUGCUCUGCGUUUGGAAAAGCGCGCAGCGGAAGGGCACGAUAAAUGGUCACAUCAGAGUUUCUGUAGAGAUAAACAUGUUGUAGAGAGCCCCACUGCUCAUGGAUUCUGAUUUUAUUAGAUAUUUUCUGUUUUAAAUCAUAUUAUACUUCAAUAAGAACCCACAUCUUGUAGAAGCGCAGUAAACGCGCUCUUGGAGAGCUCCGAGCUUGAAGUUUGGAAAGCUGUCGCUGUCUGGAGAGCGCACUGUGCGCGCUGUGAUUCCAACCACACCGAGGGGGAUUAUCAAGAAGAUCCGAAGAUGAAUGACACGGCCACACUUUGCAAUAACAACCUAACAGACAACUCCACUGACCCGUCAUGUCAGAGCUCCUCACCUUACAGCCACGUCGACAUUACCACUUUUAUGCACAUUUUCCCCACGAUUUAUGGCAUCCUGUGUUCGGUCGGAGUUCUAGCCAACGCGCUGGUCAUCUACGCGGUGAAAGCAUGCAAGAAGAAAAUGGUUUCAGACAUCUACGUGCUUAACUUGGCGAUAGCGGACAUGCUGUUCCUGCUGGUGAUGCCCUUCAACAUCCACCAGCUCGUCAGAGACAGACAGUGGGUGUUUGGAAACUUUAUGUGCAAAGCGGUAGUUGUGGUGGAUGUCAGCAACCAGUUCACCACAGUGGGGAUUGUGACUGUGCUGUGCAUUGAUCGGUACAUCGCUAUCGUCCACCCCACCUCCGAGAGGAGGACCAUCCAGUGGACCGUCAUCAUUAAUCUGUUGGUCUGGCUCGGCAGCUUCCUCCUCACCGUCCCUGUCAUGAUCUACGCCAAGGUUGUACGGCGACAGCAUAUGGAGGUGUGCAUGAUGUACCUGGACGGGCCUGAGGAUAUGUACUGGUACACCCUCUACCAGUCUAUCCUGGGCUUCAUCAUCCCGCUCAUCAUCAUCAGCACCUUCUACUCGCUCACCCUCUACCACGUCUUCAGCUCCAUCCGCCGCGUCAAACGUAAGCAGUCUGUUUGGGCCAAAAGAGCCACAAAGAUGGUCCUCAUGGUCAUCGCUUUGUUCUUGAUCUGCUGGUCACCCUACCACGUCAUCCAGGUGAUCAACCUGACCAACAACACCCCCACCAUCGCCUUCAUUUAUGCCUACAACAUCAGCAUCUGUCUCAGCUACUCCCACAGCUGCAUCAACCCACUCAUGCUGCUCAUCUUUGCACAGAAUUACCGCGAGCGUCUCUGCCACAGAAACAUGCUGCAGAGCUCCCAGCAGUCGUCCAAGACCACUGUGGUCAAAGCGGAUGGCUCCAGCAUGAACAACGACCCCAACUACCGCUGUACUGUCAUCUAAUCAGGAAGAUGUCUUCUUUAUGUAUAUACAUAUGCACAUUUUCAGUUCAUUGCUGAAUAUGGAAGUAGAUCCCUGAAAAGGUGUUUCCUGAGAGGUUAUCUUCUUCAGAUUUUCAGCUAAAUAAGUCGGAAAUUCAAACCUCAAAAACUGGGGAUGGAUUGUGAGCAGCACAAUGAGAUACAACUGAAAACAAUUACAGGAAAUGCCAUGGAUAUCUGAAGUACCAGCCUCAAAUCUUUGCUGGUGAAGCUCUGAAUACACAUAAGACUCAUAACUGCUUUUCCCUCAAGGCUGAUUUUUAUUAUAUUUUGUUUCCCCUUUUGUACCGUUUCUAUUCUGUUGUUUUUGUUGAUAUUAUUAUCAGCUGUGAUGAAAGAACAUGAUUGUAAUUAUCAUCCAUUUCAUUAAUUUUUUUAUCUUUUUGUCUCCCUACAAGGUGAGCACUUCCAAUCCUUCACAUACAUACACAUACAUAUGCCUUAGAUGUCACACCUACACUGAAGUUUCUUCAUCUUGUUCUCUUUUUCAUGUAAAAACAUCAUCUCCUUCUAUAUGCUUUCUCAUUUAUUUCACUGACGGGAUUUCUCCUGCCUGCACUUAUCGAUAAAAUUGUUUGUUUUCGCUCUUCUGAUUAUUUUAUCUUUUCUCCAAGACUCACUCUUCCCUCUCACAGAAUAAUAUGCAGAGAAACAGAGCAGCAUGCAAAGCUGCAAAUCAUAAAUUCUGUUUGAAUUUUGAGCACGAUAAUUUGAAGAUCAAAACAAUCAAAGAAAACGCUGGCAAUCAAAUAUAGUUUUCUGAUUAUUGUGAGAAAAAUUCACACAUAUCUCUGUAACAAACUAUCAUCAGUGUAAUCAAAAGCUCAGAAACAAAAUGACAUACAGGUGAUGUUUAAACACCAAUCAGCAGAGAGAAUGGACAGAGACUUGAAAGGGAGAUCUGUGAAUUAACAUUCAGAAACUGCUCUCCUGAUGUGGAAGGUGUGACCAUAACUAGUGUCCUAAGCUGAAUAUGCGAGACUGAAUGCCCAAGAAGAACUGUCCAGGGACACAUGCAGAGCACAAUUUGCACACAUUUAUACAGGAUCCCACAUUUGAGUAUAGUCAAACUAAGGCAACUGAGGCAUACCAUUCACUUCCUAAAUUGAAUAUGGAGCCUGAUCCCAGAUUAAAAGUACCCUGAAGGCCUCUGAAUAUUUUACUUGGUGUUUGAAAUGUGUCUGAAGUAUGCAACUUUGCAUCUUAACUUCCUGUGUUGCAUAUAGAGCUGCUGAGAUGCAAGACAAUAAUCAUAUUUUUUCUGACAAUACAGUCAAAUCAAUCAAUCAAUCAAUCAAUCAAUCAAUCAAUCAAUCAAUCAAUCAAUCAAUCAAUCAAUCAAUCAAUCAAUCAAUCAAUCAAUCUCAUCCAUUCAUCCAUCCAUCCAUCAAUCAUCAGUUAUAUUAUAUACAACCUGUGAUGAGGAAAAGUAGUAAUAGCAGUCUAUGCCUUAAAUUAUCCACACUGCUAACUGCAUGAAGAUUAUAAACUUAAAACAGAACUUCAAUCAUUCAAAAUGUGUGUUUAUUAUGUGGACACACAACAUUUAACAGGAAGGAUGCAGCACACUUAUACGUGUCCUCCUAUACACAUCACCCAUAUGAAUGUGUGGUUAGCGGGGCCCAAACCAGCUGACCUCUGCCUCAGCUGUAAUGAUCCACUAAAGGCUCUGGAAGUUCACCAAAAGUGCUGAUUAAAGUUUUGUUACCUUUUAUCCAGAUUACUUUUUACACUCAUGCACAGACAUAUGUGCACUCAGGUAGCAGCCAUAACAAGCCUGCAUCUACCAAAAAAGUUAUUUCACUUGUAUUUUUGAACACAUUUGUUGAAUCUUAUUUUACUGUCUUGUUUUUAUGUUUUGUCAUGUUUCCUUCAUUUGAAUGUAGACAUUACUGAAUGUGCUGCUUGUUGACCUCAUUUCCACCAUCUAUUAUUCUGUGCUUCUUGUCCCUAUCCCUGUUUGUGUUUGUGUUCUGAGUGUUUGCACAGAGAUAAACAAACGCAAACAAAGGUUUUCAAAGAAUAUCUCUGCAGCAAGAAGCAGAUUAACUGCUCAGAGAAAGGUGAGCUGGUUGGAGUCUUUGUGCAAAAACUGCAGGAGAUAUUUGCGGCGGCUAGCACAAAGACACACAGAUGAGAAAGGCACAGAGGAGAGGCUCAGUGUGACUCUUUUUUCUCUUAAGGACUCAUUAACCUUUACCAUUAACAGGCUUUGUCCACCACCAUGCUGUUGAGUGACAACGCUGCAGUGCAGCUUGUGAGGUCUGUCAGUGACAAACAUGCAUGUUUAUGAGUCAGCGUCCCGAGGGCUCAGAAUGAAACUUUAUCCGUAGUUGUGAGCUAUUUAAUGGAAAAUACUAGCUCUGCACAUAGUGACGUAUUUUGUUUCAAAAAAAUGUUUUAAAAAGAAACUUCUAACAAAGAACCCUUGAAUGGUCAAAAGAAGAUGUUACUGAAGGGUUUCAUUUUUGUCUUUGUAAAUGUAAAAAAGUAGUGAAAACGUGUUUUUUGUGCAAAACCAGUCAAUUAAAUUAGUUCUCAUCACUCAUGACUGAUCUAUAAAGGAUUUAUUAACCAUUAAUAAUUAAAUAAUCGUUAAUGGUUUCCUCAUGUGGUUGCUCAUAAUAAAAAGUGUCCUUCAAUGUGUAACUGUUGUGGGUUGUCUUUUUACUUUCAGUGCAACAGUAAUCUGUAUCCAUUCUCCAGAACAUUCACUAUGGAUGGAUUAACGUGGACAUUUUGUGACAUUGAGAUUUCUUGUUUUUUCUUUAUCAUGGACUCAGACAGCAAAGACAGUGUGAAGGACAGGUAAUGUUCCUGCAUGCACAUCAACUCGUUUUCCUGUUUGUAUAAUGAGAAUUGUGAGUCAAUGUACAGUAAAAUGAUGUAUGUGUUCUGUGUAGUCAUCAGUGUUAUUAAGUAUGUUGACAAUGGUACUGGAGCACUGAAUGUGAUAUAAUGUGUGUCCUGUGGAUAAAUCACUGCACUAUUUGUCCUGGCAAAGAUGCAUCUUGUUGAUCUAAUGCAGAUGUUUUUUCUUUGUGCUUUGUGCAAUGAUUGUAAUAAUUGUAUGGUAAGUAAAUACUGUUUGCUGCCUUUCAAUCGGGUAAUAUAUUUUGCCCAAUUUUGAGAUACUUUGUUUUACAUGAGCAUUGUGUAAAAAUGUGGUUUAAAAAACUGUUAAUCAGCCCUCCAGUGAUUCAUUUUUACUCCAUAAAGACUCCCUAGAGACAAAAAGAAAAUAAAUUGACACAGAAGAU